AUGUUACUUCCGGGUGCAUCAUGCACCAUUAGCGAGGUGGCCUGUCCAUACUUGUUAUCCUGCUCUGGCGUGUACUUUCCUUACCUCUUUCUCUUUGCAUAUUUGCGAACUAUAUCAUUUUCUGGCCUUUUUCCUGGGCAUUGCUCCUAGGGCACCGAGUUUUUCGUUUGCGGCGACGUUGGGUGUUUGUUAAUCUAGAAAAGCGGCAAAAUUCUACAAGUGUCUUUCUUAUGUUCCUCAUCUCUUCUACCCGUUUCUUACAUACACGUUCCCAGACUGAUGCAUCUUUGCAGUGGCUCAUGGGCGUCCUUCUCUCACACCGGUUUAGAACGCGCGGCAUCCCUUCGACGAUACCAUGCCAUGGUGGGCUGCGUCGCUCCAUGAUCUCUUUUUUCGUGCGAAUAGUCCCUUGGUUCCUUGUUUUCCUGUCUUCUGCUGGACGAUUGCUCCGACUGAACGCCGCAGAUAGCCAUCGCGAUGACUCAGGGUUCUCAGGCUCUAUCUACUUCGUGGACUUCUCUCUCAUGCUUUCUUUUGUCUCUUCUCUUUGCCAGUUACACCAGGAUCACUCGCUUAAAAGACGUUCUGACCAUGGUUACUGAUUAGCGCGACCUCGUCCAAUGCACACAAUUGCCUGGACACAGACGUGGCUGUCCUUCUGCUGGGUGGUUAUGUGAGACGUUUUGACGUUUUUCAUCUUUUGCUCGC